GCUGAAGUUCACCGUGAACGUCCCUUAUGAGGCCUGUGAGCGACUCACGUAAAAUGGCGACUGCGGAGCCGGAAAUAAACUCAAAUUCUUGUAAGAGUGAGGAGGACAACUCUGAACAGACUGACCAGGAGAUUGUCAGCCCUGAGAGCUACAUCAAACACCCACUACAGAACAGGUGGUGUUUAUGGUUCUUUAAAAACGACAAGAGCAAAACAUGGCAGGCAAAUCUCAGACUGAUCUCCAAAUUCGACACAGUAGAGGAUUUUUGGGCGCUUUAUAACCACAUUCAGCUCUCCAGUCAUUUGAUGUCAGGUUGUGACUACUCAUUGUUCAAGGAUGGUAUUGAGCCCAUGUGGGAGGAUGAGAGAAAUAAAAGAGGAGGCCGCUGGCUACUCACUCUCAACAAGCAGCAGAGAAAAUAUGACCUGGACCGCUUUUGGUUGGAAACUCUGCUGUGCCUCAUCGGAGAGGCUUUUGAUGACUACAGCGAUGGGGUGUGUGGCGCUGUAGUCAACAUCCGAACAAAAGGUGAUAAAAUUGCUGUUUGGACAACUGAUUAUGAAAACAGAGAUGGUAUAACACACAUAGGGAGGGUGUACAAGGAACGGUUAGGAAUCCCUAUGAACAUGACCAUUGGCUACCAGUCUCAUGCCGAUACAGCCACAAAGAGUGGCUCUACAACUAAGAACAAAUUUGUGGUAUGAAUAUCUUCAAGGGCCUGAAUCCUCUCUCUCUCUCUCCUCCUUCUCUGCCAGCUGAAACCAAAGAAACAUGAGGACAGACUGGACUCAAACUUCCGUGAUCCCCUGCAAAUAGAAAAAAGAGCCCAUCACAAACACUCAUGGUCUUACACAAAGUAUGAGGCAAUGUAACAUUACCUCUGCUGCUUGUUACAUUCACAUACACAUCUUAUAAGUAUUAUUUCUGUGUCAGAUUUACACUUCAAUGCUAAUAUUGUCUUUAUAACCAGACAGGUAGAAAACACUCACACUACACAGUUUCCCUAGAACAGGACACAUGACCAUUCUUUGUUUGACCUUCAGUUGUUCUGAGUUUGUAAAAUAGUUACCUUUUUUGAAAAGAUAUUGUCAAUUUAUUUAAUGGCAGAGAAACGUUAAUGUCUGUGUUCUUUUACCCAGCAGCUUUGCUGCUUCAGUGCCUGAUGAACAUAAACAUUUUAAUUUAUUCAGAUUUACCCUAAACAUUUCAUUGUGAUAUGUGGCCACCGAGAGCAUAUAAUCAAGCUAAUUUGCAUAGCGCUGCCUUGCGUCUUUAAGCAUUAACUUAAUUAAAUUUGGGUGUUUACGAUUCAA